AUGUCUGUCCUUUCCAAGGCCGGGUACUACCUGAGGUCAAUCCAGUACUACACCCUCCUCCUCAGCGUCGGCUUCCUUGCCACGUUCAUCGCCCUCGUCGCUACCGCUUGCGGACGGCGGUUCGACACCGACUACUAUGUGGCGCGGACGUUCUACUACAUUGCCGGCCCGCUGAUGGGAUGGAGCUUUGACGUCGAGGGCGAGGAGCACCUCACCCACCUCGAGAAGGAGGGCAAGUCGGCCGUCCUGCUUGGAAACCACCAAAAUGUUGUUGACAUCCUUUACCUCGGCCGCAUCUUCCCCAAGCAUGCGGCGAUCAUGGCCAAGAAGGAGCUCAAGUGGGUCCCCGGACUCGGCUGGUUCAUGUCAUUGUCCGGCUCGGUCUUCAUUGACCGCGGCAACAACAAGUCGGCUAUUCAGAGCAUGAAGCUCGCUGGAGACGAGAUGAAGCGCAAGAAGAAGGGCGCUUUCUACCUCGCUAUCCAGUCCGGCACUCCUAUUGUCCCUGUUGUUUGCGAGAACUACAGCCGUCUCCUGAAGAAGGGCUCGUACUUCAAGACCGGAACUCUGAAGAUCAAGGUCCUUCCCCCGAUCGAGACCAAGGGCCUGAAGGUCCCCGACGACGUGCCCGCGCUGAUCGAGAAGGUCCGGGGUCAGAUGUCGGCGACGCUGAAGGAGAUCUCGCAGCCCGCGCCCAAGACGUCAAAGAAGGAGACGCCAAAGCGCUCAUCGUCCCCGACACCGCUCCUGAAGGAGAGCAAGCACAAGUCGUACCAGUCGACGGACAAGACGGAUGUUGCUGUCGACGCUGUCCCGAAGGACGCCGAGGAGAAGGACUCCAAGCUGGCCGUAGCGCUUAUAGAGAAAAGGAUGAUUUCCGACUUUUUCCACCCCAACGUGGGCGGCGUCGAGGGGCACAUCUACUCGCUGUCCGUCGAACUGCUUAGAAGGGGCCGCAAGCGUGUCGGUGUUCGGUAUCUAGCCCCGGGGCUGAAGGUGUACCACGUCCCCUUCGUGACACUGGCCUCCUCGGCGAGUCUGCCCAACUAUCUCAUGUUCCUGCCGUGGUUCCGCACAAUCAUCCUACGGGAGAAGAUCAACCUCGUCCACGGGCACGGCUCCCUCAGCUCUCUGGCGCACGAGGCAAUCCACCACGGCGGACUUCUCGGCGUGCGGAGUGUAUUCAGCGACCACAGCCUGUUCUCGUUUGACGACAGCGUCGGCAUUCUGACGAACAAGCUCCUGGCCUCAGCACUGCGAAACGUGUACGCGUGCAUCUGUGUCUCGCACACUGGGCGGGAGAACACGAGUCUCCGCGGCGAGGUCGAGCCGGAGCGUAUCAGCGUAAUCCCAAAUGCGCUGGUCGCGUCCCAGUUCCAGCCCACGGCGCCCUAUAUCCCUUCCGCUGGCGACAACUCCAUCACGAUUGUCGUCAUCUCGCGCCUCGUGUACAGGAAGGGCAUCGACCUCCUGGUAUCCGCCGCGCCGCGGAUCUGCGCGGCGUAUCCCAACGUGCGAUUCCUGAUCGGCGGCGACGGGCCGAAGAUGCUCGAUCUGCUCCAGAUGCGCGAGAACAAUCAGCUCCAGGACCGCGUCGAGCUGCUCGGGAGUGUGAGGCCGAGGGACGUGAACGAUACCCUGCGCAGGGGGCAGAUAUACCUCAACACUAGCCUCACCGAGGCGUUUGGGAUCAGCAUCAUCGAGGCGGCGUGUAGUGGGCUGUUCGUCGUUAGUACGAGGGUUGGGGGUGUUCCGGAGAUUCUACCCGGGGACAUGGUCGAGUUUGCCAGGGCUGAUGAGGAUGACAUCAUUCGCGCCCUCACGCGCGCGAUCGAGACGAUCCAAUCCGGCAGCCACGACCCGGCCCUCGCCCACCAGAGGAUGGAGGAUAUGUACUCCUGGGCCUCGGUCGCGGAACGCACCGAGCAAGUGUACAGGCGCGUCAUGGCCCAGCCGGUGUGGACACCUUAUGAGCGUUUGUCUCGUUUGUUCAGUCUGGGACCCGUCUUCGGGCCGAUCCUCUGCGCCAUCACCGCCGUACAGUGGUGGUGGUACCUGUUGGUCUGCGCUGUGGUGCCCGAGAGCGAGAUUGAGGUCGUGGAGGAUGAUUGGGACGCGGGGAGGUUUGCGCAGCAACGACCGGCCGACGCGCCCUCCAAAUCCCAUUCCCAAGACGCAGCCGAGCCAGCCACUGCUGCAUACCCUGUAUAG